AUGCCCGGGUCCGUGCGGUCUACCACUAUCCUGCCACGCCAUCAUCGGCAUGCAUCUAUAACAAUCAAAAGCGACGAGAGCGAAAGACCAGACUCAUUCGGCGCUUCAGACUACCGCUCUACAACUCUUGAACCCCACAACAUCAUUGUUGAGGACCAGCAAAUGGACGAUGACAGAUGGUGUCGACUGGCGUUCGCCCUGGGUAUGCCGUACGGAGAAGUCAGACGUCCUAGUCCGGAUGUCACGAAGUUUGCCCAACAGGUCCGAGCCCGAAAAUCCAUUAGCAGCAAGGAGAUGACAGGGCUUUUGGCUCCAUUACUGCUGUCGUUGGUGAAGCGACACAAGUUGAUGAGUUGUCGGGCUAACACCAUCUUCCCUCGGGAUGGUGUUCCCGAUGAAGUGCCCGAUUUCGAGAUCGAAGAAGGGUGGAAAAUGCAGCUUCCAACCCCUAGACCUACAUUCACCCUGGGCUAUUCAUCCCGUGCUUUUACCUCCCACCAGCUCGACCUACAGCAGGGCAUCAUUGCCAACAACAAGAACGAGCCGUGCGAUCUCCACAAGCUCUCUCAGCCCAUAGCGGAUGUCUACUGGCCCUUCUUCGUUUUCGAGAUUCAAGAAAGAUCCAUGCUUGCAGCACGUAAUGCUUGCGCCGGGUCGGCGGCAACUUGCAACAAUGCACUCAUGGUCUUCGCUGGUGCUGUCCAAGAGCCUGCGAAAUACUAUCAUGACAUGAGUUUCCUGUGGAACUUGAGCAAGGCGGUUCAAUCCUUCUCGCUCUCAAUCAACGGCAAGACGGCGUGUCUUAACACACACAACUCGGAAGGCUGUUUACCCCACGCUGUGGCAGUUAUUAAGACAUACCGCCUCGAUGAUGAGAGGGAUGUCGAGGCCAUGGCUGCGCGGAUCAGCAGUAUCAUGGUGUGGGCAGAAAAUAACAGAAUUCGGUCAAUCCAUGAGUUGUUAGAUGCCUUCGAUCAAAGGGUCCAACUUGUGAAGAACCCUCUGUCCAAAACCGAAGACCUGUAUGCUCCGUCCGAGCUUCUCAAUUUUGGCGUCGCUCCUCGAUCACGAAGAAGUGUCAUCAAAAACGUGCUGGCAGAGAGCUUACCGCGCUGGGCACGUGAAUUCUGA